AGUCAGAGUCGACAUGGCCCAAAGGAAGCCAAUCAGCCUGCAGCCAGCACAGGCUGAGCCUAUGAGCUUGCUGCAACGACAUUGCGCCAGGCCAGGGGAGCCAAGGCAUGCAGCAGCCAGAGGCAAGGAUGCUCUUGCUCGACCUUUCUGAUUCUGUCCGUUCUGCCGUGCGCUUACCUGAUUGCUGGAUUGAGAAGGGUCCGAUCUCGUCGAUUCGAGCCGGCUCCUGUCAUAGCCAGGCCAGGAGGACCGACCGUGUAUAUAAGGCCUUCUACAGCUACUGUUCAUCCUGCUCUCCAAUCAUCACCUCUCCAGCUCGGCCACCUCCCCCGUUUCCCUCUUCAAAUCUCUCACUCUCUUUGCACUCACAUUCUCUCCCCCAAAGAAGCGAACUCUGACAGAAACUCUAUCCUCUCUUCUCUUCCUUUCUGAGACUUCACGAUGCAGAUUACUGUCGCCUUCGUAGCCUUGGCUCUAUUUGCCCAAUCCUUAGCCGCACCAAUCGAGCGCAGCACCGCCGCCUUCAAGGUCCGUUCGAUUGCCGAUCCUGACGACUGCCUGCCGACGCGACGACAGGGUCCGCUCCUCGGACUCGAUGCCCAGGCCGACACUACCAUCAAGGGCAACAAUGACGAUGAUGCCAAUGCCGACGUCGACGCAGAUGUAAAGCUCUGCUUGCUAUUCGGCAAUUGCAACGAUGACAAGGACGGAAACGCCAAGGACAACAACGUUGACACGAAAUCGAGCCCUACUAGCAGCGAUCCUACCAACAAGCCCAACGGCAGCGCGACGGUCAAGCCUUCAAAUGUGCCGAAGAAGGAGCCCACAUUUUCGCCCGUCAACCACAAGGGCAAUGACAAGCCCGACAACAACGACAAGCCUAGUCCCAAGGAGCACAAAGACAACGUUGGCAAAAGCGCCAAUGGUCAUCACAAGCCUGGACGUCAGCAAUCUACUACAGGUGGCCACAAGACUCAGCACGGCAACGAUGGCAGCCACGGCUCCCAGGGCCCUGUCAAGAACAAUGGCAACUCGAAGCACCCUGGGAACACCGGCAAGGGUCCCAACGGAAGCAACACCAAGCAAGGCAGCAAGGGCAACAAGAACUCCCACGGCAAUGCAAACCGAAAGCCAGAGGGAAGCCUUUCGACCGUCAAUCCAUCAAGUGACGGUGGCAAGGACAGCAGCGCCACCAAGGGGAACAGAGUCCAGUCGGGUUCCGGCGGCGACGCCAAGGGCGGCAACGGGGGAAGCGCGAACGGUGGCUCGGCUGACUGCUCGACGAGCGGUUCUCUCAUCGGCAUCAACGCUCUCAACAUUGGCAGCUGCAACGGUGGUAGCGGUGGCAAUGCCUCGGGAGGAUCGGCAGCCGGUGGCGCCGGUGGACUGAGCAGUCUCUUCCGCCGCGAGUACAACAGUGCUGAUGCUACUGGCGGCAAGGGUGGCUCGGCCAACGGUGGCGACGCCAAGUCACCGACUAGGGGAGGCCUGUUGGGUGGCAGCCUCGCCAAUGUCGGAUCCAACAACGGUGGCGACGGGGGCGAAGCCUCGGGCGGUGAUGUAUUUGGCGGCUCAGCAGUCGGCGGCGGUCAACAGACCUCUACUGCUAUUCUUUCCAACAACAGCAUCCUAGCUGCCGUCGACCUCCUCCAUCGGCGUGAUGGUUCUCACAGCAAGAGUACCACAACCGUCGCCACUGAGGCGCUCCACGAUAGCAAUGCAGGCGCUACCUUGAACCGACGUCAGCAAAUUGAAGCAAUCAAGACCGGUGUUCUUAAUCACAAUGAUGCCCUUGCGUCGAUCAAAGCUCGUCAGAACUACGACUCUGCCGAGGAUGUUGCCGCCAAGUCCCUUGACAGCAAGGACAAGACUUCUAAAUCCGGCCGUCGCCAAGAAGCCCCGCACGACGGUGCCCAGGAUCUCGGUGCCGAGUCUCUUGAGGAUGGCGACGAUGCUCUCAAUCCCUCUCACCGUCGAGGACUUGGUAACACCGUUGGCGUCCAAGGUCCAAUCAACACAGCCACUGCGGCCGGCAACAGCAACGGCGUUGCCGCCUUCCUCGUGCCUCGCGACGGACUAGCUGAGAACCCCUUUGACACCAGCCAGGACUUCAACUCCGGCAGUAACAAAGGUCCUCAGACGGGCUCUCCCGACCUUGUCUGAACCCUCCCUUUGCCUUUAGCAGACCUUUCUCUUAUCUAGCACACGAACCAUAACGGACUGUACCUCUGUACCUCAUCACUUCACGAUACUUACGCUCAACGUCUUUCACGAACGC